AUGUCUCCCUCUCCUCGCCCGCCCCCGGAAGGCGGUUUUACUUUCACCUAUCAGCCCUCCGUCGCCGGCCUCAACAUCGACGCCAAAACCUUCGUGUCAUCACGCCUGCUCAUCGCAGCGGCAGCGACCGGCGCUCUCGUCUUUUCUAGGGCCACUGGGGAAGACCGCGUCCUCCUCAUCCAGCGGGCACCGCACGACUCAUUUCCCCUGCUCUGGGAAAUCCCCGGCGGUGCCUGUGACUGGGAGGAUGAGUCCCUAUUUCACGGCGUGGCGAGGGAGCUGUGGGAAGAGGCCGGCCUGAAGAUGACGAACGUGGUGAGGCAGGUUGGCAAGGAGGAAGGCUUCAUCAUGAGGAACGGCCGUGCUGUGGCCAAGGUUACGUUUGAGGUUGAGGUCGAAACCCCGAAGCCCACGCAAUCGGAGGGAGGAUCAGAAACUGAGGCCCUGCCAGAGGUGGUGCUUGAUCCGAACGAGCAUCUGCCCACGCGACGCGCCGGCUUAGACUUUCAAGGCACCACCAAACAAGACGCCGUUUGUUUCAUUCUUCGCAACUCAACUCGAGAUGCAAUGGCCACACCACCAGCAUCUUCUGAAGGCGACGUGUCGCUGUUUAACUCUUCCCAACCCUUCAGGGGUGUCGUGGUCUGCUGCACUAGCAUUCCCACCGAAUUGCGAGCAGACAUCGCAGCCAAGACAAUCGAGCUCGGCGGUCAACACAAAUAUGACCUGACACCCGACUGUACCCACCUGAUCGUCGGCGACUACGACACCCCCAAAUACCGUCAUGUUGCGAAGGAACGGCCAGACAUUCGGGUCAUGGUCCCCAGCUGGGUCGAGGCUGUCCGUAAUAUCUGGGUAGAGGAUCGCGAGAUCGACUUUCUGGCGCUCGAGAAGGAAUGGCGGUUGCGCACGUUCGAGGCGGGAGGGGGGGAACCAACCGCUGACGGUUCCGAACCCCGACGCCGGCAGCUUCUCUGCUGCAUGACCGGUUUUGAAGACCCAGAUGAGCGCGAGCAGAUCAUCGGCCAGAUCGAAGCCAACGGUGGCCUUUACACUGGAGACCUCACGAAGCAGGUCACGCACCUCAUCGUCUACAAGCCGGAAGGGCGGAAAUACCACGCCGCGAAGAACUGGGGUGUCACCACGGUCUCCGUCGAAUGGGUCACGCACAGCGUGGAACGCGGCCUGAUCCUGGACGAGAAGCUUUUCGACCCGGUUCUGCCUCCGCAUGAGAGAGGGGUGGGCGCCUGGAACAAGCAGCGCGCGCGGCUCUCCUCGCUCGGCAAAAGGCUCAGGGAUAACAAGGCGGCCCAGGAAGAGGGAAAGAGAAAGCUACGCAAAACCGCUAGCAUGAAGCUAAACACUCAAAGGGACAACCUCUGGGGAGAUAUUUUGGGGAAGCCACAGGCCCCCGAGCCCGCGCCCGCGCCCGCUGCGGUUCCCCAACAUGCCGCGGCGAACCUGGAGACUCUACCACAUGCUCAGAUUACACAGCCUACACAACUCACACAACCCACGCAGUUAGUGGGUGGCAAGUUACACGAUACGCAGGGGUCAAAACUCUCGUCCUUUGGUGUCCCAACGGACAGCGCUGUUUUUGCGUCCUGCUGCUUCUACGUGCAUGGCUUCUCGGCGCAGAAAACCGAAAUCUUGGUCAACGCGAUUGCCUCCCUCGGCGGGUUGAUCUGCCACUCCCUCGAGGAGGCGGUGUCCACAUCUGGCGCCCAGCUAUCCCACCGGUUCCUCAUAGUGCCGCAAACAUCUUCAGAAACACACCCUCGAGCUCCCGAAAACCUUCACGUCAUUACCGAGUUCUACAUUGAAAGGUGUCUACACAAAAAGUACUUCUUUGACCCGACCCAGCAUACCAUCGGCCGGCCUUUCCCCUUAUUUCCAAUUCCUGGCUUCGAGGGUCUCACGAUAUGCACUGCUGGCUUCACCGGUGUCGACCUCAAUCAGGUAGACAAGUCCGUCCGGCAGCUGGGUGCUCGUUAUGAGGAACGGUUCACUGGGAACGUGUCGCUCCUUGUGUGUCCGUCUUUAGAGGUGGUUCGAAAACAAAAGCUGGAGCUGGCAUUGGCAUGGGGUGUACCCGUUGUCAAGGCCGAUUGGCUAUGGGAUUGCAUCGCAACCGGUUCCAUUACCCCUAUCAAGCGUUUCUUGUUUCCUGAGCUGAAGCAGAAUUUUGACAGCCCAAAGACACUCAUCCAGCCCAAGGAAAAGGGGAAAGGCAAGGACAGCAUGAAAGGAAAGCAGGAGAAGCCCCAAACCAAUAAUGGUAUCGACAACGACUUGUUACCGAAACCGUCCACCAAACCGAAACAGCGCCCUGAUCUUGACGAGUCGGCAUUUGUAACCGCUCGGGAAGACCAGCACGAGCCAACCCACCGUCACAAGGCGCCUCCAGCAGUUGAACACGACUCGAAUGUCACAACUACCACACACUUUGAAACAGCUCCCACUUACGCGUUCCCAACAAAUGAUGCCAACAUCAGCUUCGGCACCAAAUCACUAGCUUCGGGAGCGCCCCUCACCGAGGCCUCCUCCAGCUCUCUCAACAAACCUACCAGCACACCCCGAAAUCCCGAUCCUCCGCCACCCCGAAAGUCCCUGAGCCGGAUAACGAGCGAAGUAGCCGAUUCGGAAGCCACUGACGGCGAUGUCGCCCAACUCGACGAUCUCCCGGUCGAAGAAAACCAAGAAAACGCGGGAGGUUCUACACAGAAGGAAGCGCGGCCAGACCCCGCAGCAGAAAAGAAACGCCUCGAAGCCGAAAAGGCCGCAGCAGAACGUCUCGCCAUCUCCACCAAACUCGUCACCUCCCUCCUCGACUCCACCAUCGCCAAACUCGGCACCACCCCCACCACCGCCUCCAUCCCGACCGCCCUUCCCCUCCCCGGGCCCGACGCCAGCGCCGAUGAGGCGCCAGCCGAGCUAGGCACCCUCGCCAAACCAAAACGCCGCAAGCGCAACAUCCUCGGCCGCGCCAUCAGCAACGUCUCCGCCGCCAGCAGCACCAGCAACGGCGAAGCCGCUGGCGCAACCACCACCACCAUCACCACCACCACAAAACCCCACGCGCCCACCGACGCUCCUCCCGUCGCCACACAACUCGAGUACGAGGACGAAGAAGCCCGCGGAUACAAGGAGCAGCUGAUGAGCAAGAUGAUGGGCAAGGAGGUGUCGGAGAAGCCGUUCUCGGCGGCGAAGCAGAAGCGGCUGACGCUCGCGGAGAUGGGCGGGUACGAUACCCUGCAGCAACAGGGGCAGGGACGGUAUGGUGCUGCUGCUGCGGUCGGGGAGAGGCGGACAAGGAGGCGGUGA